AUGGAUGGUCCAGCUCGUCUCGAGCCGUCUACAAGAGAGAAUCUAAGGGGCGCCCCUUCAGGCGAGUAUCUGCGCAACAUGGAGCUGCCUGUAGUAGUGUCCGAACAAUCGGCAACGCAGAGCAUUGAGGAAAGCGUGGCUGAGUCAGGAGAUAGUGUCUGGUGGCGACUUUUCAAGUUUGUGGUUCUUGUUGGAAUCAUUGUCGGAUUGUAUGAGCUGAGCGUGAAGCUUGGAUCUCUCACUCUCGACUUGAGGUUGGAUAUCAAGAAAAAAGUCCCGAUAUGGUCGAUAUGCGUCACAUUUGUUAUUCUCAAUAUUGUGUACAAGCUUCUUCCAGUGCUUUACCUGUGCCUUCCUCUCAAUCUGGUGGCGGAAGUCGCGCUUGCGGACAAGUUAGGACCAGAGAAAGCAACGAUAAUCAUGCAAGCAAUGAUGGCUUCUGAUGCCAUAGUGUUCUACGUCCUGCACAUCCGAUGGAAGGAUACGGUGGACGAAAUCCUUGCUGGACGAAUGUGGUGGAUGCCUUCGGAGCUCGCCGCCAUUGUCUUCCUGUUCAUGGCAUGUUACUUCAUGGAUGACUUGGUCAAUCUCAUGUGGCUAAGUACUCGAUCCGGUAUCACAUUUCCUGUCUUCCUUGUUGGAUUUCUCCCUGGACUCGCUGCGGAGUAUCCCAAACAAGUGUUGCGUCUAAGGAUUGUUAUCUCUGUAGCAGAUGUCAUUGGAUCAGGUUCCAGCAACAUCUUCUCUAUCCUUACCAGCAAAGAUCUACAAGAGAGAUUGCAACUGACUCCUGCAUUUAUUGUGAUCUUUGUUCUCGUCAACAUUGUUCCUACUUUUAUUGUUUACAUCGCCCACAUCAAUUUCAUUCUCCGUGCGGUCGUCAGCUGCUACAAGAGAAAGUCAAGUCGAAAUGCGCACGCACCAGAUGACAAUGAAGCUUUUGCACCUGGAAGUGACAGCGGCGAAAUAGAAAUCGGCUCAGCACAUGCCGAACAGGAUAAGAAGGAAGAGGACUAA